ACUAUCAUGGCGUAUAGCGUGGAGGAAGAGGAGGGACCAAAGUGCUCGUUUUCUAUUUAUUUAGCAGAAGGAGACGCACUUGCUAAACAGGGAGAUUUUGUCAAGGCUAUCAACGCGUACUCCAUUGCUUUGGAUAUCCAACCUGAUGAUAAGAACUGCCUUGUUGCAAGGUCAAAAUGUCACCUGAAAUUAGGUGAUGCUGAUUCCGCUCUUAAAGAUGCUGAAUCAUGCCUCAAAGAUACGAAUGACUUUACCAAAGGGUUAUUCCAGAAAGCUGAAGCUUUAUAUGCGAUGGGAGAUUUUGAGUUUGCUCUGGUUCACUACCAUCGCGGGAAUAAGCUGAGACCAGAGCUGAACGAGUUCAGAUUGGGAAUUCAGAAAGCAAGGGAAGCCAUCGACAAUUCCAUUGGAAAUCCGAACACCGUGAAGUUAACGUCUAAAGGAGACCUGUCAUACUUCUACAAGUAUCUAGAUGAAAAGGCGGGAAAGAAAGGCAAACCUGCCGCUAGAAAGAAGCCCCAACCUCGUGCUCCUUUCUCUUCUAAAGUCAAUAAUGAGAAAGAGAACACCAAGUCACUGGCUGGAGAUAAAACUGUAAAACAGCUUCUCGGAGAACUAUACGAAGACAGAGAAUACUUAGAGAAACUACUGAACGAUUCCCGUGCCACAAAGCAAUCAGACAACACCAUCAAGAGCUUAGUGUCCAAUGGUAUCAACUAUCUCGACUCCAGGCUCGACUUCUGGAGGCAGCAACAACCGCUUUACUCUCGUAAAAAGAAGAGGAUAGACCAGGGAAACAGAAAUCGACUUAUUAAGGGGAUCGGAAGUGAUCCAACAAAUUACGUGUUACGGAACCUCGACGAUAUUGAUGCAGCGUUAGCGGACGGAAAAGCAUCGGAUAGUUUACAACUAGCCAGAGCAUGUCUUAAGAAAGUCAAGCAAAUUGAUAAUCUGCCUAAUAAAAAGGAAUUCGUCGCUAAUCUACAUUCCAGUAUUGGAUGUGCUCUGUUAGAAAUGGGGUCUUUAGAUCCUGCUUUAAAAGAGCAUAAAGAAGAUCUAACCAUCAGCAAUUCUAUAAAAUCAGAAGAGGGAAAAGCAAGAGCACUGGAUAACAUCGGUCGAACUUAUGCGCGUAAAGGAGAUUACUCAGAAGCAGUGAAAUA